AUGGAGUCUACAGAUCACUUAGCAGAACAUAUUACAAUUGAUCAAAUUAUUCAGAAAAUAUGGACUAACUGUAGUGGCCUCGGCAAGGAAGGUAAUAAGUCAACAAAGAAUAUUUUGACUGAUGAAGAAAUAAUGUAUGUCCUAGCAUUGAUCCGACAAGAGGAAGAUCAAACUCCAACUAUAAGAGAAUUAGUCCUUGAAGAUCCUAACAUAAUCGAAAUCGAUGGACCUGUCACUGUUGUAGGAGAUAUUUUUGCAAAAAUAGGAGACCUUCUCAGAAUAUUUGAAUAUGGAGGAUUACCUCCGUCUACUACCUAUUUAUUUCUAGGGAAUUAUGUAGAUCAUGGUUACAGAGGAAUUGAAGUAAUUUGCUUGCUAUAUGCAUAUAAGAUAAAAUAUCCUAAAGCGAUUUAUCUCCUGAGAGGGAACCAUGAAUUCAAAAGUGUAAAUCGCAUUUGUGGCUUUUUCUAUGAAUGAAAGAAACGGUAUUGAGUCCGUGUAUGGAAAGCCUUUGCAAAAUCAUUCCAAUACCUCUCAGCUGCAGCUAUCAUCAACGAUUCAAUAUUCUGCACGCACGGCGGUAUAAUCCCAGAACUCCUCCAAAAAGACGGCCUUGAGACUCUCUCAAGCAUCCCUCGUGUCGUAGACGGUACAGAUAACCCUCUUCUCCUCAACAUGUGCUUCUCCUCUCCAUCUCCUAAAAUCUCUUCCUUCUCACCUAAUGAAAUCUCAUACGGCACCCACUUCGGCAUGAAAGCCCUUACUACCUUCCUCAAUGUCCAUUCCUUCAGUGCUAUUGUCCGAAGUCAUAGCCUACAAGAAGACGGCUUCAAAGCCCACUUUGGUGGGCUUUGAACGACCGUCUUCUCAGCAGCGAACUUCAGAGAAGCUCAUAGCAACUUUGGUGCGAUCUUACAAAUCUCAGAGUUCAAUGAAAUAGAACAUAAGCAGUUCAGUUCAUGAGUUAAGUAUUCACGCAAGAACAAAGUUAAGUUUGGAUUUUAA